AAGCAAAACCAAAGCAGAAAUGACAAAUUCUUCCACAGAAACCAAGUGGAAGUGCAACAAUCAAGACACAGAGGGAAGUGGAGCCUUGCUUGAACAGCAGUUUAAUUGUUUUUGUGGAAACUCUUCCGCAAAAACGCAUUCCCGACAUGGACCCCUCCAUCGAGAUGUUACCUUCAGAAGCCCCCAAGGAGGUAGAUGGCGGGACAACCGUGGCGUGUGUUAUACUGGGUAUUUCCUUCCUGGUUGGAGUUCCAGGGAACCUGCUCGUAAUCUGGACUAUCCUGAGGCACGUCAAGCAGCGCUGUCACACUGUGGUCCUCAUCCUGCACCUGGCAGUGGCAGAUGUGAUGGUCCUCAUCACUCUGCCUGCCUGGAUCUACUCCCUGGUGCACACUUUUGAGUUUGGAUUGGUACUUUGCAAUAUCUUAAUCUGUGUUAUCACUGUGUGCAUGUAUAGCAGCAUCUUCUUCAUCACUCUUAUGAGCGUGGAACGCUACCUAGCCAUCUGCCAUCCAUUUCUGAUGAUGCGCUGGAAGACUGAAAAGAAUAUGAAUGGAUGUAUUGCAUUUUUGUGGCUUCUUGCGCUUCUUCUUGGAUUAUCUGAAAUUUUAGCCCAGACUUUGGCUGGAAGCGAGCAAAGCGAUCAGUGCUUUGUCAGAGACUUCAACAACAAUACUCUAGAAAUUGUCUUCUUGUGCCUGCAGACGUUGCUGGGCUUUGUGCUGCCUUUCAUUACACUAAGCAUCUGCUACUGUCUUGUGGCUGUGCAGCUCAAGAAAAUGAGAUUUAAUUCUAAACAGAAAUCCAAAGUUCUCAUUCACACUGUAGUGCUCGUUUUCCUCCUGUGCUGGUUACCCUACCAUGUUAUUAAAAUUAUUGAUGUAGUUUGCAUUUUUGGGACAGACAAAGAGAAUGAGUGCGUACCGGAAAGUUUGGUCUUCAGCUCUGGUGCCCUGGUUUUUAUCAGCAGCACAGUGAAUCCUGUAUUAUACGCCUUCUUCGCCAGGAACUUCAGAGGCAGUCUUGGAGAGUCUGGUCUGGUCAAACUGUUUCAGGAACUGGCCUCAAACACAAAUAGACUCAAGGACCUUGCAAUACAGCAGCAGAAGCACCAGAGCUCAGCAGACACAGAGUUCACGUCUCCAACUUUCAAAUAAAAAUGUGAGUGGGGGUAGUACUACAGCUAUGGGAAAACUGGACUGAGAGGUGAAUGUUUCCUGUUGUACUGACACCAAAUGUGAUCUAAGAAGUUUCACAAUAAUAUUGAGUUGCACUUCUCUUUACUACCACAUGGCUGUGCCAUUGAUUUAAUUGAGAUUCAGUCAAAACUUAUUAUAUGUUUUUAGAAAAGUUUAAAAGAACUUCUGGUUGUUGCUGAAGAAUAUUUUGUGAAAGUCUAAAUUUAUCAUUAUUUCCUGUUACAGAUAUUGUGUUUAAAAAAAGGGGAAAAAAAGAUUUGCUUACUUAUCACCAAAUUGCUGAUAUGUCGUUUAGAAGCAAAUGAAACUCAACAGGGACAGCAAUUUGUUACUGUUUUAUAACCUUGGUAACAUAUCAAAAAUGUAUUAUUCCAUUUUAGAAACAGGAAAUGUCUUGCAUGAUAGUGUAUGUUAUUUUAAUCCUGUCUGAGAUGCUUCAGUUAUUGCGAAUAAAGAUAUUAUCUAUUUG